UCAACAUAGCCGCCAAUUCGCACGCAAGUAACAGCUGUUAUAAGUUUUAAGUUUAACAUAACCUUACAAAUUUUGCAGUAAAUAAUAUUACACAUGUUGUUGUUGUUCUCAAGUCUCGUCAUUACUAUUUAUUUACAGUAGUCAUUUUAUGCUCUUUUAGUUUUCAAGCUUUUAAAUAUAUUUAAAUUAUUAAAGAUGCCUUCAAAGAUUGGUGACAAUAUUCAUCUAAACGUGAAAGUGACUAACCCAACUCAUGUAAUCAAACUAUCUGAACAAGUUGUAAAAGUAGAGUUAUCUCCUUUUGAGUGGUCACACAAUUUAAUAUGCAUUGCAUUUCCAAAACAAAUAUCAGUUAGAAUUAUAAAAUUCCAGGAAGAGGAUGAAGAGUUGGAAGAAGAAGUGGACGUUGAGUUACUUGAAGACUUUACAGUCAACUGCCGUGUUGAUGCUCUUGCUUGGAGCCCUGAAACCUCGUUGAAUAUUUUACCCAAAUGUAUUAUGUUUUGUGCUGCCACCAAGGAUUUUAAUCUGAUACUCUUCUCUUCGAACACAGUAGAUGCAUAUUCAGAGCAGGUGCUGACUGGUCACACAGACUAUGUGAACUCGAUUGCUUUCGAGUCGAAUGGAGAAUACCUGGCGUCGGCCAGUGAUGACCUCAGCUGUCGGUUGUGGGCCAUGAAGGAUGGCCAAAAGUGUGUGGCUGAGUUCGCUCUCAAAUCUCCUGGAAUGUCGGUGUGCUGGCACAACGAAGAACCGGGAAAGCUGUUGGUUGGCGAGAAGAACGGAACAGUGCGCAUUUACAACGUGGAGCGGCAGCAGGCGAUCAUCUCAUUCGAAACUUUGCAGACUCCUCUGCUGGCAGCUGAUUGGUCACCUGCCAACAGCCUCAUCGUGGCAGCCAUUGCAGGCGGCAGUCUCUUCGUUUGGAACAUCACACGACCCAAUGUACCGGUGGACAGACAAGUGGUGCACGGCAAAGGCUGGCUGCUGAGGUGUUCGCAUCAGAGCGACCAGCACUUCGCUACCAUUGGCCAGCCGGCCAACACUCUCAAAGUGGUGCACUCCAGCGUCAAACAGCCCAUCGCCACUGCCGCACUCAAGUGUGUAGGUGGAUUAUCAUGGCAUAGGAAGUUACCAUACGUUUGUGUUGGAGUCGAUAGAUCCAUCUGCCUUUGGAAAAUUGCCAUCAACUAAUUGCCGAACUACUUUUUUACUUUCUAUAUUUUUCCAUUUCAUCGUAUUAUUACUUACUUUUAUUUAUUGUAAUAAAUCGUUCCAAAACAUAC